ACCAAAUCCCACUUCACUCUCUCUCUCUCUCUCUCUACACAGUAGAAACUAGAAAAGAAAAGAAUAGAAAAGAAAAAGCACCAUGCUAUCCCCAACUCCAGUGUCUCUCUUUUGUGCUCUUCUCCUUUGUUUCCCCCUUGCAAUAGUCUUCACCAUCAUCACCCCAACCACCACCACAAUCGGCGGCGCCGCCACCACCAUCCCCCUCCCCAUCACCACCACCAGUUGCGGCGGCGCUACCAUUCCAAUCCCCAUCAGAACCACCACUAACCGAACUAGCGCCACCAACCCAUUACCCACAUUCAAAAACCCACAAAAGAUCAACAACAAAACCACCACUUCCCCACCACCGCCACCAUCACGCCGCCGCCACCGCAAAUCUCCGGCGGAAUCGGACGACGAUUCGCUGUUCCGAGUCGCCGCCCGAGUCAAUCCGAGUCCAAAAUCACCCAAAAAACUAGCCUUCAUGUUUCUAACCACCACCCCACUCCCUCUCUCGCCUCUUUGGGAAAUCUAUUUCAACCAUACCCCCCCAAAUCUAUACAACCUGUACAUACACGCCGACCCGACUUUCCCUUACGACCCGCCUUUCUCCGGUGUCUUCUCAAACCGGGUCAUACCCUCUUCCAAGCCCACGCGCCGCUACUCCCCGACUCUCAUCUCGGCGGCACGUCGUCUUCUUUCCCACGCGCUUCUCCACGACCCAUCAAACUCCAUGUUCGCCCUUCUCUCCCCUUCUUGUAUCCCUCUCCACUCCUUCAAUUUCACCUACAAAACCCUCAUCCGAUCGACCAAAAGCUUCAUCGAGAUUCUGAAACACGAGGUCGGCGCGUGGGACCGGUGGGCGGCGCGUGGGGAAGAUGUGAUGAUGCCGGAGGUGCCGUUUGGGGAUUUCCGAAUUGGGUCCCAGUUUUUUGUGUUGACACGUAAGCAUGCGAGGAUUGUGGUGGGUGACAGGAGGUUGUGGGGAAAGUUCAAGCUACCUUGUCUGAAAGAGGACACGUGUUACCCUGAGGAGCAUUACUUCGCUACGCUCAUGAGCAUGAAGGAUCCACGUGGAUGCGUUAAUGCUACUCUCACCCACGUGGAUUGGAGGGGGAGACAUGACGGACAUCCUCGCACGUACAAUGCCUCGGUGGUCGGGCCAAAGUUGAUCAUGUCCUUGAGAAAGGCGAGGCCCAGGUACGGUUUUGAUGGUAUCAACGGCUCUGAUUCGUCUGUGACCAAACGGCGUGACCCAUUUUUGUUUGCCAGGAAGUUCUCAGCGGAUUCGAUCCAGCCGUUGCUAAGUAUGGCAAGUGACGUCAUCUUCAAAGAUUAGGAUGGCAAUUUUGUAAAUUUAUCUUCUUUUUCUUUUUUUUGUUGAUAAUUUUUAAUUUUAUAGGUAAUAAUUUAUCAGGGAAGGCGGGACAAACCCAUGCUUUUGACUUUAAUAGAAUUGUGUAAUGAAAAAUUGCACUUUGCUUCUUCAUAGAUUACU